GUAAUUUGCUAGGUUGUUAUGCCCAGAAUUUGGAUCAACAGUCAUAAUGCGGUAUCUCCCUCCCAAAUCGGUUCACCCAAAGGAAAACAACAACAACCACGAGCAUUGCAUUCUUGAUCUGUCAACCCUCCACCACCCGAAAUUUCAAUCCAUGAUUUCCAUAGCACAUCAAUUCUGAUACGAGACGAUCGCGCAUAGCAGAUCAAGUUCAAGCUGUCUAACACAAAUCAUCCGAGCGACGUCGGCGACGAAGAUCCCGGCAGCUCCAAGCUCUCCCAACUUGAACCUUAAUUCGACACCAGUGGCUCGGCUCAGUCACCCGCAACAAGACCCAGCUGAGUUCUAUCCAUUGCGAUAGAAGAGAGCAUCUCACUGCCAUAAGGCAGUCGGCUGCUGCAUACGUCUGCGAAACGGAAAACAAGAAAAAAAAAACCAAAAACCAAUCCUCCAGGCGCGAUUGUGCGCUUCUCUCAUGGCUGCAUGGCGACCGAGGUGACAGCCUCCGCGCCGGGCGACACUACGACCACGACAGCCCCUCAUCAAUCGUCUUCCCCUCGUUCCCCGCUGUUUGCCGACGACAACGACGACAACCGAGACGCGGCUCUUCAGAAUCAUGUAGCUCGGGCUGCAAGUAGAAGCUCGCCCGUACAAUCUCCAGUGUCUGCUCCGCCAUACUGGUCCCCUAGUCAGAGCAAUCCACCGCGAUUCUUCGGCGACCACGGCGGCAGCGGCAGAUCAGCCCCGCCCCAUAACGAUUCGACCGAGAGCGUCGCGCCCACCAAUGCCAUCACGAUGCAUGAUAAUGAGACGGCCGGCGAGGAUGCGACGCCAGAGCGAGUGUCGGGUCGUGAUCGCAACCGUGCCUGCUGGGCCAAGAGCGUAUCCGUGACCGACUACGUCAUCGUCAACAGCAGCACCACCAACAUCGGGGCCUUUGUGGUAUGGAACAUUAGGGUUGAGACUUUGAGCGGCUCGUACAUGAAUAUAAGAAAGCGCUACUCAGAGUUCGACGACCUCAGGCACAAGCUAAUGAUGACCUUUCCAAACUUCGAGGCUGCUGUACCGGUCUUGCCGCCCAAGAGCGUCAUUGCAAAGUUUAGACCCAAGUUCUUGGAGAAGAGGCGCUCGGGGCUGCAGUACUUUUUGAACUGCAUCCUACUCAACCCAGAGUUUUCUGGAUCGCCCGUACUGAAGGACUUUCUCUUCUCUUGAAUUUUGAGGAGUAAAACUACCUUGUAUUGCACAGAAACGCAGGCAGUACAUAAAGAAUUCAUUCCAAUAACGUGUCGGCUAUUUUAGUCAUACAUUGCAUCAACGCAAAGUCACGAGGGCCAGGCUAGUAUCAAAGUUGGACGCGGCUUGACAGAGUACGCAUUCAUCAUGCCAUUUAUUGCACAGUUGGGACCCAUGAUCCCAUCAAGUCGCAUAUGACACUGCUUUUAGGCAUUCUUGCAUUAACCUUGGGCACACCUUGCCUAGUUAGACUGACGGAGCCAUGCAGUGGACUAUCAUACCAUAGAUACACCGGGGGAGAACAGAACACUUUUUUCUGGUAAACGAAGGGUGCUAUGAGCAAAUCAUCGUAGCAGUGGGUCAAAAAAUAAAAUAAAUAAAUAAACGGCUUUAUCUAACUUCACCAUUCAAGUCCUAGUACUACACUUGAUACAUAUUGAUUCCUUAUCAGCGCCCCUCUCAAGGUUUACUCGUAAUCGGUCGACUUUGCAAUGUCCUCCCACUCCUCCAACAACUUGAGUGUAUCUUGGCAUUUCUUCCUGAUGACAUCGACAACGUCACUUCCCAGGACCAACCUCGGCGGGAUCUCCUUGCCCUCAGCGACGCCCGUCUUUGUCAGAACGUCCACCGUGACCUUUGCCCCCUUGACCACAUCGCCCGGCUGCUUGUUGUUGUAAGCCUCCAGCGCCGCCUUGUACUUACCGACGGCAGUGUCCUCUCCAUAGACGUCGGUCUUUGGCUCCGAGGCCUGCACACGCCUGCUCUUCCCGCUAGCCGUGUUGAGGAUUUCAGUGCGGAAGUAGCCGGGCUCGAUUGCGCACGCGGCGAUGCCGAACUCAGCCACCUCGUCGCGGAUCCCCUCGCAGAGGCCCGAGACGGCCCACUUGGUGCUGCAGUAGUGCGCGGCCGCCGCGCCGCCGAUCCAGCUCCCCAGGCUGCCAAAGUGCGCAACGACGGGCUGCACACCACCCGCGGCGCCUUCGGCCGCCACCGCCCUCAGGCCCGGCAUCGCGGCCUUGGUGAUGUUGACGGCCCCGAGCACGUUGGUCCGGUAGAUGGCCUCGCUCUCGGCCGCCGUCGCCUCCUCGACCGCCGCCUCGAGCAGGUAGCCCGCCGUGUUGAGCACGUGAGUCACACGCCCAAUCUCGGCCAUCUUGGAGGCUAACUCCGCGUCCGAGGCCGUUACGUCCAGCGCCAUCGUCUUGGCGCCCAGCUCGGCCAGGUGUUUGAGGGAGUUGGCCGACCGUGCAGUCGCGAUCACGGUGUGGCCUCGUGAGAGAGCCUCCUUGGCAAUGGCCUCGCCAAAGCCUGAGGAUGCGCCUGUGAUGAGCCAGGUGGGGGUGGACAUUUUUUUUUCUCUGGUGGUUUGAGUUGAGGUUUGUGGGGUUUGUUAAAAAUCAGGAGUUUUCAACUUGGACAGUUGCAGAUGUGUUAUUUAUAGGAGAAGCUCUGUUGACUAUGAUGAAUGGUAGAUGUAGUAGGUGAGUUUAUAAUGAUUCUGGAAUAUCAUAUCAGGUCGCCUUUUGG